UACCCCACAUUUUCCUUUUCUCUCUCUCACCAAAAGUUCAAAACUUCUCAAACCCUAAUUUUCGAAUUCGCUCUCUGCUCUUCCGAAAAUGAGAGAAAUCCUUCACAUCCAAGGAGGCCAAUGUGGGAACCAAAUCGGUGCCAAGUUCUGGGAAGUGGUUUGCGCCGAGCACGGCAUCGAUUCCACCGGCCGCUACUGCGGUGACUCGGAACUUCAACUCGAGAGGGUCAACGUGUACUACAAUGAAGCGAGUUGUGGGCGAUUUGUGCCUCGUGCUGUUCUGAUGGACUUGGAGCCCGGGACCAUGGACAGCUUGAGGUCCGGUCCUUAUGGUCAGAUUUUCAGGCCGGACAACUUCGUUUUCGGCCAGUCCGGUGCCGGAAACAACUGGGCUAAAGGGCAUUACACUGAAGGUGCCGAGUUGAUCGAUUCGGUUCUCGAUGUUGUUCGAAAAGAGGCCGAAAAUUGUGACUGCCUACAAGGGUUUCAGGUGUGUCACUCAUUGGGUGGUGGAACUGGAUCUGGAAUGGGGACGCUUUUGAUUUCGAAGAUUAGGGAGGAGUACCCGGAUCGGAUGAUGAUGACUUUUUCGGUGUUCCCUUCUCCUAAGGUGUCGGAUACGGUUGUGGAGCCUUACAAUGCCACUUUGUCUGUUCAUCAACUGGUGGAAAAUGCUGAUGAGUGCAUGGUUCUUGACAAUGAGGCCCUUUAUGACAUUUGCUUCCGAACUCUCAAACUCACUACUCCCAGUUUUGGUGAUUUGAAUCAUCUAAUAUCUGCAACCAUGUCUGGAGUCACCUGCUGCCUUAGGUUCCCAGGCCAGCUCAACUCUGAUCUUCGGAAGCUUGCUGUGAAUCUCAUUCCAUUUCCUCGUCUUCACUUUUUCAUGGUGGGAUUUGCGCCUCUAACAUCACGAGGCUCUCAGCAGUACCGUUCACUGACGGUUCCUGAGCUCACUCAACAAAUGUGGGAUUCAAAGAACAUGAUGUGUGCAGCGGACCCACGACAUGGCCGUUAUCUGACAGCAUCGGCUAUGUUCCGUGGUAAGAUGAGCACCAAAGAGGUCGAUGAACAGAUGUUGAAUGUGCAGAACAAGAACUCUUCCUACUUUGUUGAGUGGAUUCCCAACAAUGUGAAAUCAACAGUUUGUGAUAUUCCACCAACUGGUCUCAAGAUGGCCUCAACCUUCAUUGGGAAUUCAACAUCAAUCCAGGAGAUGUUCCGGAGGGUGAGCGAGCAAUUCACUGCCAUGUUUAGGAGGAAGGCUUUCUUGCAUUGGUAUACUGGGGAGGGCAUGGAUGAGAUGGAGUUUACCGAGGCAGAGAGCAACAUGAAUGAUCUGGUUGCAGAGUAUCAGCAGUAUCAAGAUGCAACAGCUGAUGAGGAAGGAGAGUAUGAAGAUGAGGAGGAAGAGUAUGAGCAAGAAUGAUUGGGAUUAACGCCCGAUGAUGGGUUAUUGGGGAACUUGCUAUCUAAUAUACUAUAUAGUAGCAAAGUCUUUUUUUAACCUCAACUUCCAGUUGCUGGUUAUGUAGUAUUUGACUGAAGAAGGAAAGACAAAUUAAACUAUAUUCUGCUAUAUCAUCUGGUUUUGUAGCAUAACUUUUUUAAUUAGACUUCUAGUAGUAAAAUUUGCUAUUAUUAAAUUCUA